CCUCUGCUCCCUCCCUCCCCACCCCACCCCCAAAACCCCAAUCUUUCCCCCCUCCGAUCGCCCCCCGCCGGCCGCGAUGGACUCCGACGACGAGCCGUGGGGAGCGAGCGACGACGACCCCGUCGCCGUCGGGGACUACUACUACGACUGCAGCGACGGGGGCAGCGGCGGCGCUGGCGGGGGCGGCGAGGACGAGGGAUCCGACUGCGCCGGCGACGACUACGAGGUCCGCGAGGAGGUCGCCUCGAUGCGCGAGAAGAGAUAUGCUGUGUUAUCUGAAAAUGACAUACAUGAGCGGCAAGAGGAAGCCAUAAGACGGGUAUCUUCAAUAUUUUCAAUUCCAAGAGAAUCAGCAUGCAUCCUCCUUCGACAAUACAAAUGGAAUAUUAGCAAGUUGAGUGACGAGUGGUUCGCAGAUGAAGAACGUGUCCGUCAUUUUGUUGGCUUGCCUACAAAUGGGGCUGUUCUUCCUGACUGCCAGGAGCUAACUUGUGGAAUAUGUUUUGAAGGAUAUUCCACAAGUGCACUGAGCUCUGCUGGUUGUGGUCACCUCUACUGCCAUGAAUGUUGGGAAGGGUAUAUUAGUGCUUCAAUAAAUGAUGGUCCAGGAUGUUUGUCACUGCGGUGCCCUGAGCCAUCUUGUACUGCCAUGGUUCUUGAAGAAACCAUUAAUAGAUUGGCUAAAGAUGAGGAGAAAGUAAAGUACAAACAAUUUUUAUCAUGCUCAUACGUUGAAGAUAACAAGAAGAUAAAAUGGUGUCCAGCUCCUGAUUGUACCCGCGCAGUGGAGUUUCUUGGUGAUGAGAACUAUGAUGUCUCAUGCAUGUGCAAAUUCAGCUUCUGCUGGAACUGUACAGAGGAAACUCAUCGCCCAGUUAGCUGUGAGACUGUCUCAAAGUGGAUAUUAAAGAACAGUGCAGAAUCUGAGAACGUGAAUUGGAUAAUAGCUAAUUCAAAGCCCUGUCCUAAAUGCAAACGACCGAUAGAGAAGAAUCAUGGUUGCAUGCAUAUGACGUGUCGUCCUCCUUGCAAAUUUCAGUUUUGCUGGUUAUGUCUAGGUGACUGGUCAGAACACGGAAGUAGGACCACUGGGGGCAAUUAUGCUUGCAAUCGCUAUGAAGCAGACAAGAAGAAAGGCAUAUAUGAUGAAGCCGAAGCACAGAGAGAACGGGCUAAAAACUCACUUGUGAGAUACACGCAUUAUUUUGAGCGCUGGGCAUCCAAUCAGAAGUCGAGGCAGAAGGCACAAGGAGAUCUGCAAAAGUUUGAAAGUGAACUUGCGAAGCUCAGUGACAUUCUUGGAAUACCAGAGUCUCAACUAAAGUUCAUACCUGAAGCUUGGUCACAGAUUGUAGAAUGCAGACAAGUGCUGCAAUGGACAUAUGCUUAUGGGUAUUAUCUCGAUGAUAAAGCCAAGAAUGAUUUUUUUGUGUACCUCCAAGGUGAAGCCGAGUCUGGUUUGGAGCGCCUCCAUAAAUGUGCGGAGAAGGACAUACAUGCAAUUUUACCUAAAGCUGGUGAAACUGAACCUCUUCCCUCAUUACAAGACUUCAAUGAAUUUCGUGUGAAACUUGCUGGUCUAACAAGCGUAACCCGCAACUACUUUGAGAACCUUGUUCAAGCACUGGAGGCAGGGCUGGAGGACGUGCGUGUUACGGGCGGCCAGUCAACUUCGAAGAAGAAAGCCCGCACCGCCUCCAAGAGGAAACCAUCUGCCAAAGGCAAGUCGGGCAGGAAUAAGAAGGCGAGAAUAACCAUCUCUUAACAUUCAGGCGGAGGUUGGCCCUGCGAGCGCUGCUGCGCCUUUAGUCGGCCCGUCUUCGCAGAUAUCAUCUGCGAUGGUCCAGGGGUAGCGCGGUAGGCAGUUAGGGAUAGGGGGGUAGGGGCGAUGCAGUGCCCCUGGCCAGAAUAUGUAUAGUGAGCGCGGAUGCUUGUUCUGCCCAGGCAUUCUGGUGCCAUGGACGUGAAGCGCUGUACAGGUAGCAAAGGAUGCAAUCCUGCCAUUUAGCUGGAUAUAGAGUGCGUACUUGUUUUUUUUUUCUUUUACCGUGUCUAAUUGAACAGUAUUGCUAUGGUUUUCGAUCGCGAUGUGGUGGUAAAUAUGAUACAAGGUAUAGAUUGUGAA